AUGCCUUGUUGCGCUCUACAGCUAUCCCUCCCCAUUUAUUCUUCUAGAAACAUUCCCAAUUUCAGAGCUUGCCACUCUCGAAUCACGUGCUGCUCCUCCUCUUCUUCUCAGUCCGACGACAAUGGCGGGAACCGAGGCCAGCCCCAUGUGAUUUUGGUAGAGAGAUAUGGAGAUGGCACUGCUAAAAGGUAUUUGGUAGAUGAUGAACUGCAAGUACAAACAUUUGUAGAGGAACCUAGUCCAAAACCUGAUACGACGUCUCACAGCUCGCAUUUCUCUAAUACCGAGUUAUCGUGGCUUCCGGAUAUUGUUAAAGAUUUUAUCUUUCCUGCUGGCUUCCCAGGAUCUGUUUCUGAUGAUUAUUUAUUGUACAUGUUGUUACAGUUCCCUACUAAUGUUACUGCAUGGAUCUGUCAAACUUUAGUCACCUCUAGUCUACUAAAGGCUGUCGGUGUUGGCUCUUUCUCUGGCAGUACUGCUGCUGCUUCGGCUGCUGCUAUCAGAUGGGUUUCAAAAGAUGGAAUAGGAGCUGUUGGACGCUUUUUUAUCGGUGGGCGAUUUGGAAACCUUUUUGAUGAUGAUCCAAAGCAGUGGCGCUUAUAUGCGGACUUCAUUGGCAGUGCAGGAAGCAUUUUUGAUCUUACCACACCACUGUAUCCUGCCUAUUUCCUGCCAUUGGCAUCUCUUGGAAAUCUUACCAAGGCUGUUGCUAGAGGACUAAAAGAUCCUUCAUUCCGUGUGAUUCAAAGUCAUUUUGCAAUUUCGGGAAAUCUGGGAGAUAUAGCAGCAAAGGAAGAAGUUUGGGAAGUAACUGCUCAGCUGCUUGGCCUUGGUUUGGGCAUAUUGUUCCUGGAUACACCUGGCCUUGUAAAAUCAUACUCGACUCUGGUGACUACAUGGAUGGCCAUGCGGCUUCUGCACCUCUGGUUGCGCUAUCAAUCACUAUCAGUCCUCCAAUUUAAUUCAAUAAAUCUUAAGCGUGCUUGUAUAUUGGUAAAAUCACACAUAAUAUACUCUGUGGUUCCUGGUAUUAGUAGUUGCAAUAAGGAAGAAAACAUAUUAUUGUGGCCAAGAUUCAUGGCACCACGAAUUACAUUUGGUGUGCCCUUGGAAGAGAUGAUUUCUGGGGAGAAAGCUGCUCCAACGGUUAAGGCACUUCUGAAACUAUAUGCAAAGGAGAAGUAUAUUCUUGUAGUGAACCGACAAAGAAGUGACUUUGAGGUCUUUGUGUCGUUUAAGGUAGGAGCUACAAGUAUGUCCGUCUUACGAGGUUUAUGGCAAGCUUAUUGGUUACAUGAGAACUGGAAUACCUCAAGUGUCGCACUCGAACAGCUUGCACAAAGUCAUUUGGAGAUGGAAGAUAGGUUCGAGGACUUCAUCCAACAGCUGAAUGGAAUUGGCUGGGAUACACUUCAAAUUAACUUGAAGGUCCCCAAGGAAAUUUCCCUCGAUGAAUUGAACACCAUUUGA